AUGGACGAGAGGGGAAGAUCCUCGGCUACCGUUUCCCGCGAACAGAGGCAACGACGUACGCGGAACGGUGUGCGUUCAGCGUUGGCGUCGCUCCCGGCUUGCGUCUUUGCCGGUCGACGUUCCGUUUGGGAGCUUGCUUUCUACUGGUCGGAGGGAGGAGUGGUACAGAGGGAGGUGAGGUCGAAGAUGGGGACUCGGGGGUGA